UGUCCCUAAGAAAUUACAAAUCAGCCUUCAUCGGGAAAGUUUCUACGAAGUUUGGAAGUAAACACUUCGACCGGUGGAGGGCGAAUAAGAUAGCUAUUGGAAAUGCAGACUGCUGUGCGGUAGUUUGCUAAGGUUAUCCAGCCAUAGAGCAGAGCUGGGGCGGCUGGCCGUAGCCUACAAGAAACAUAAGUUCUGGAGAACUGCAGCGUGCUACGUCUCAUACUAGGCCUACACAAAUAGCUUAAGAAGAAAGUUAUGGAAUGCGUCACUUUACUAAUUAACUGAGGCAAAGAACACUACUGGAAUGGGAAAUGUUGCUCACUGCCUAGCUUGGCUAGCUAACUCUGUAUAGAAGUAGCCUUUGCUCAUUAGUGCGCUAGCUUCCUUGCUAACUUGGUCAGAGGUAUUAUGUGUAAAUAUGUAGCCGGCCAGUCAUAUAGUGUUUUAUGGCGUGACAUAGUAUUAGACCAACUAGCUUGAAUUGUGUAAUAGUAAUUUACACCUAAAUUGUUAUCUUCCUGGCGAACCAACAAAAGAGCCCCAUUUAAGUCUGGACCCAAUCCGAUAACCCGAGGAGACCGUCGGUCGCGGUGUGCAGUGACUACGCAAGACCGGGGUGCGCUCAUGGCCUAGGCAACGCGAAAAAUUAAAUGUAUGUUAUAGAACUCAGCUGUCAGUGUAACAGUGUAGACAUUACAUAAACAGUUCAGUGUUUUGACUGCGUAGCUAGGUAGCUAGUAGUUCAGUUUUCGACGUUGACCUUGCUUAUUUAGCUUGGAAAAGGUGUCUUAUCUGUACAGCUUCUUGUCACUUGAGUUUUUAUUCACGUUGGCUAACAACAUCACACAUAUUAUCUGGCUAAAAACUGGCCAGUCAGUCCAACUAGUUUUUUGACAUUACCUGGCUAACGGCAGUAGUAAUAAUAAUUAUAGUUCAGUAGGCUACUGUAGCUACUAACGCCAGGUGACAAAUUUGCUAGUUGGCUGAACAGAACCAGCAUUUACAACAGCUCGGCUGAAUGACCAAACCGGUGAAAUGUACUUUUUGUGGAUCGUAACAGGUAGUCGACUUAAGCUGAAAUUGGUAGUUUUAUUCGUCGAUCAACAACAAUAGUUACAGCGUGUUUUCCUAUGAACAUAAGCACUAGGGAUGUUUUAGUCUAAUUAAACAAAGACUUUCACUUUGAGUGGAUCUGUUUUCCUUCUGAAGAAGCCUUUGUGACAAUCUUGCUUACUAGGUGCUUAAGGGCGGCUAAAUUUAGCCUUGAAGUGAAACCCAAUUUACUAUGGAUAAUACCAGUGACACGCUUCAGGACUAGUAAACACGCCGGUGAAAGUCCCAGCUGUUGGGUAUUUACAUCCGUUUUGUUGUAAUUUUCCGUAUACGGUAUCUCAUACAUAACCCGAACCUAGCGACGUGACUUUUCAUCAGUUGAUUAAUUGUAUAUAUCGUAAAUUUAACGCCAGAUCAUGUUUUCACCAGGGGAUGAUCAACGCGUAUGCACUGUAGACGAGAAAGGUAUUAUUUCGAGGGUCUUGUGUGAUAGAGAGAGAACUGGUUUCACUAAAGCGGUCUAAAGACAGUCCAGAGCGACUUUCGGCCCUGAAGUCUUUCAGGAGUUCUAUGGGCUAUGUUAGGUUUUAAUUUUACAGGACAUAAAGGUUUAUCUCUAGGAAAGGAUUGGUCUAUUGUAAUCAGUUUUUCUUGAUCUGCAUAAAAUUGGUAAGUCUUUUACAAUGUAAUUAAGUGACGUUUCGUCGUGAAAUGUCCUCCUCGCUUUGCUGAAAUACAACUAUUUACUGUUCUUAUGGUUAAUUUCAGUUUUUCACAACUGAAACUGCCGAUGAGCCACGGACAGGAACGGUAUAGUCGGUUUUGAUAUUUAACUCAAGCACUUGGAGAAGAUCACACGCCGGUAAAAAUGAGGGCAUACGUGGGAAGAGGGUUGCGACUCUGAUGACCGUGGCGCUGUGAGACCCGAGGGAACUCAGGCUACUGUCUGCGACGAUGAGUCUUCGCCCCCUGACCUCCACACCGGACAGGCCAGGUAUUCAGAGCCAGAGUCACCUGCCCAGGCUGAGCAGUUUGGGAAUGGGAGACUCAGACCACAAGACUUCAUCUGACCAGCAGAGGGAGCAAGUGGCUGACGCCAGCAUGGAGUGCGCAGGUUUAGUGCAGAGGUGUGUGAUCGUGCAGAAGGAUCAGUUGGGAUUCGGCUUCACUGUGUGUGGAGAGAGAGUGAAACUGGUACAGAACGUCCGACCAGGAGGAGCAGCAGACAAAGCUGGAGUUCAUGAAGGAGACAGAAUCAUUAAGGUGAACGGAUCUCUGGUUUCCUCCAUGACGCACCAGGAGGUGGUGAAGCUGAUUAAGUCUGGGACAUACGCAGCUCUGACCUUGCAGGGCCCGGCACCUUCUGCAUCCACUGGUCCUCUGCAGCCCCCCCCCGGGGGUACCCUGCUCAAUCAAAGAACACCUCUUCCCCCACCCCCUCUGCUCCCACCGUCCUGCCACACCCCCUCUCCCAGAAUCACUGGGCCCAAACCCCUACAGGAUUCUGAGGUACAGAAACAGGCCUCUCAGAUCCUCAGAAAAAUGCUGGAACAAGAAGAGGCUGAACUUCAGUCCCUGCAGGAGGCACUGGCUCUUAGCCCCUCCCCCUUACUGGAACAGCGAUUACAAAGUGCAAAGAGGCGGGCUCACCAAGUCAAGCUCAAGAUUCAGCAGGAUCUGGAUGGAGCUCGAUUUGAGUCAGGAGCGAACUAUAUGAAAGCAGGAGAGGGUGGCCCAUCAGAUGAUUCAACGGAAGGAGACCUUGAGGCAUGGAGGCCCCAGAUAAUUGGACCAGAUGAAGAUGAUGAUGAAGAUCAUUGUGCUAUGACUGAAAUGGAUGGGCUGUUUCAGGAUGUAGAGCUGCUGAAGUCUCGCCCCGCACACAUGACUGUCUUUCUGAGAUACAUCUUCAGCCAGCACCUGGACCCCAGUCCCCUGGUGUGUAUGCGUGCAUGUGUGUGA